AUGACGGAUAUAGGGACAUCAAAGAACAAUGCCGCCAAUGAAAUACCAUCUUCAUAUUCGUCUGCUGGAAAUAAAUUAUUUUCGAUGAAAUUAUUUUCGUCUUGGGAUGGAGAAAAAUCCACUCCAAAUUGUAUUCCCAGGUUGUGCACAUUUACUAUAACACGUCUGGUGAUUAAAAAGCCAUUGGAGACUGAAUGUAAUUCUGUUAUUAUUGCUAUAAAAAUGGGAGGUAGCAAGCGCAUCCUGAGAUCCAAUGAAAUUGCAGUGCAGAAAAAUGGAUUGGUUGAUUCAGAACUAGACUUGCUAUUUUCUUUGCAGUACCCUCAUCACCUGAAAAGGGAUGGCAACAGGUUACAAAUUAUGCUACAGCGACGCAAAAAGUACAAACACCGAACCAUUCUUGGCUAUAAGAUUCUGGCGUCUGGUCAGAUAAACAUGUCACAAGUUCUUCAACACCCAGUCGAUCAAGAAUUAAAUCUCCACUCACCUUCGAAGGAUGGAAAGAGUGAAGCUGUGGCCAAGGUAGCCAUCAUGUCGUUGUCCAGUCAGCCGGUUGAUCAGGAUGACCUUAGAGGCCAUCCAGGAAUGGGCAAAGAUCGUUACACAAAUUACGACACGUGGGACGAUGAGGAGAUGCAGGAUGAUGGCGACGUCUCAUCCAACGAUGGACUGAGUGAUUUCGAAGCCAUGGACCAUCCUACCAGACCCAGGAACAAGAGUACUUUUAGCAACGCAUUUGCAUCACAGCAAAAGAAUUUGAAGCAGAAGUUCAUAAAGCUCAUCAGAAAGUUCAAAGUGUCAGAUGAGGUUUUGGCAUCAGCAGUGCAAGAAAUUGGUGUCCACGAUGCUCACCGCUACACUGAUGAUUAUCUCUUUGAUGACGUGGAAAGUCUUUCGGAUAGUAAUCCUGAUGUGGAUGCAAUUUCUCUGCAGUCAGUCCCAAAGCCCAAAUUGAAGUCAGUGGCAGUCCCGACCCAGGACACACUUCAGGUCAGUGGCAGUCCCGACCCAGGACACACUUCAGGUCAGUGGCAGUCCCGUCCAUAUUUAUCAUCUCUAUUCAGUGUCAUAUGGACUUUGACAUACCAGCAUACCAGAUUUCUGUGGUCCUGUGAUAUAAAAGGCAUGAUUGGUCGCGUGAAGGGCGGUGCCCGCGGGAAGGAGGACGGCGGCAUUAUAUUGGAUUUUAAAUGCGUCUCUGCUUCCCACUUGGAGAAUGGGCAGCAGUUGACUAACGACAACCAGCCGACAACGAUGGCAACGCCAUCUGCACCACCGGCCACAACUCUUGCCAACAAAAAGCAAGAAACCAAAUCAGAGAAGAGAGGUGAAAAAAAUAUUUCAGACCUGUUCAGCAAGAAGGCUUCAGACAAAACUAAUUCUGAAUCGAAUAGCAAGAAAGAAAAGAAUGUUGAAGGCACGUCAGCUGGAGGCGUAGGUGUCACUGGCAGCGAUAAGAAGUCAUCUGAAAAACAAUUCCCUGCUUUGUUCUCUGGAAAUAAAAAAAGUGAAAAAAAUAUGUCGGCUGAUAGUUCUAAAAAAAAUUUGGAAGUAAAAACUGCAAAUGACGUUUCUUCAAAUUUCCAGAAGAAGUUAUCAUCCAUAGUGGCUGAAGGUGGAAAUAACGUGGCAAGGAAGGUGGAAAAGCCGAUGUGUUACGAUCUGAAGGUCAACGAGUCAGACGCCUUUCAAGCGAAGCUUUUCCAGGAUCAGAUCACCUCCCUCACGUGCACCGAUCACGUGCUUCCCAACUGUCUGGUCUUCAUGAAUUACCAGGAGCCAUGUUGUCUUUCUCUGAAGCAGAAGAUGGAUGAGAGGAAGAUAAUGAGCAUUUGUACGUCAACACACGCUGAUGUUAAAACUGCUCUCAACGCUCUUGUCAAUCGUGUUCAAAAGUUCAUGAAUACGUCAUCUCUGCUGAUCAAGUUGGUCAUUUUGGGAGGUGAGGGCUACUUACAUUCAAUAGUUCGUCCUUUUGUGAAGGUCAUAUCGUCAAGGUCACCUGACAUUAUACACCACGUCAGGUUUCUUGUGGUUCCUCUAGGUUACAGUUUUUUUUGUCAGAAUCUUGCCCAGAUGGAUAGCAGAGCAUCUCUAAACUUGACAGAAUGUGACUUGACGGAAGUGACGGACAGGUUGAUGACGUACAUGAGGGAGGCCUCAACGCUUGUACAGAUCCCCUUCUCUGAGGUCGUCCUCACCAAUAAGGAAAAAGGUAACGAUUCCUCCAACAUCGCAGUCCACUGCCACAACUUCAACGACUGCAACAACCACCACAACUGCAACCAACCAAGCUACACAGCCACAGCAGGACCAGCAACAACUUCAUCGUCAGACGAAUUAGAGUUGCAGAUGGAUUACUGGAUGGUGCCAAAAUCAGAAGGAACUUCAGGGAACCUCUCAGAGAAGGCCGUCAAAAAAGAUGCCAAGUUCUCCCUGAAGACUGCAUUCAAGUUCGUUCAAAUCUUUCGCCCUGGCCUGGCCUCCGUACCACAAAUUCCACAAUAUCAACAAAUGACUCAUGACUCACCUCCAACUAACAACACAGUUACAAGUAAUGCUGGCUUAUCUAUGGUUUACGUCACCAAAGAUAAAAAACAAAAAAUAAUGAGGAUUGGCAAGAAAUCCCGUGAUGAUGCUGUGAAGAGUCAACAAAUAGAUGGCAUCAGCAGGUUGAUAUGCACAUCGAAGGGACAGAGUCAUCAUCUCACAGGCUGGUGCACUGAUUGCUGA